AUUUCCUCCCCCGGCCACUGCUUUCCCGUCUCCUACUUCCUGACCCAUUAUCAGUUCACCAUUGUAUAGCCGCGCGCGCUAGUUCGUCACACUCAUCUCGUGGGGGCUGUUCCAAUUCUUACCCACCAAUUUCACCUCGCACCAGUAGGGAUCUGUCACAGGACCGCAUAAUUUACUCCACUCUAUAUGAGUGAGUGAUCCCACGGCGCUGGAGUGCGUGCGGGGGUUGUAAUCUGCUGGUAUUUGUGUGUGCACACGACCUGUUCGAUGAUUUGCCCGUUUAUGAGUGAGCGCCGCCAGUGCCACCUGCGCAUGCCCAAUUUCCGCGUUGCUGGAAAAGCCAUGUGGAUAUGUUAUGUAAGUUGGGGGCGGCCGCCGUACAUUUUACCGCGAGAACAAGGACGUCUUCACCCUGUCUACUAUGGCACUUCUAUAAUUAUGUUAAACCUUGUUUUAGUUCUCCUCCAUACCAUGAAUUGAACUGCCGUCACCUUAUUAUAGAAUCAUUGAGCAUGGUUUAGUUCACCAAAUCGUUCAUGUGGUAUAAUAUUUUUGCUUAUUAUUUUUCAUAAUUUAUUCGAUGAUCUUCCUCACUUGCCUGAGAUGUAACUACUAUGCAUGUUGACCAUAAUCAAUAAGCAUGGUUUACUCGACAGGAACCAUCAACAGGAGAUUAAUUGAAAUCACUUGAAAAUUAAUUGCAGAUUGUAGACGAAACUGAAGCUAGCAGGAUAAAACGCGAUUGUCUGUUAAAUGAAACGUGGGAUCAUGGAACAUAAUGGUUAUGAUAUAACAUCCUGUAGUUCAAUACAUAAAUUUAUUAGAACUUGCUCGAAACUGUAGAGCAAACAAGUACUUGGUUCGAAAAGGCACAAUAGAAAAAUACACUGAUAAAUUGGUUCCUGGUGCAGGGAUGUAUUCCAAUGAUGCUCUUCCAUUGUCGAUGGCAAGGAAGGCAGUCCAACAUCAUGAGGCAACAUUUAAAGCUUUUCAUCUGUCUUGACAUCUGCCCUUUUCUGGCGAACAUUUCUCUGCAAUCAGAUUGUUGACAAAUGUCAGGAACAAAACAUGGAAAUAUAUUUUUUACACACCAUAAAGGAAAAAUGAGACAAAACAAGUUUCUUCACCAUGGAUUUGUCAGCAACUUUCCGUUUCUGGGAUGCAGGUUUUUGACAAUAGACAGGCCUAGUCAUAGAGGGACGGAUAUACUCUUUAUCGAUGUUGGGACAGUUCUUGAUGGCCAAAGAUUCCAAUUUCUUUAAUAAAUAUGGAAGGUCUUCGGGUUCCUUCAGGUUGUCACAAUUGGUUAUGGACAGCCUGCGAAGCUUGGGAAAUACCUGGGUGUCUCUGCUUGGCAAGGACCAUUCCUCUAAAUUACAGAGGUCUUCAAGCAAGAGCUCAUGCAGCUGUGGAAAUCCAGAUGGGAUGUCUUGGCCAUAUAUCUCUUUCUCGAUUCGCCGCAGAGAUCUCAUCUGCCUUAUAUACAAGACCUUGAGGUAUGGUAGAAUGCCAAAAGGUGGAAGGUCCUCCCAGCCACUGCAAUUCGAGAGCUCGAUGCACUUCAGAUUUAGCUCCUGGGCCUGGGCCCCCUUCAGCCAGUUUGGGGGUUUGAUGCCUGUGUAGCCAUUUAUUAUGAGCUUGCUAAGAUUGCAAUGUGGCUGAAGUCCUUCCAGCACUUCAUAGUGUGCAGUCAUCAUGGACUUAGUUCUCUCCUUGCUCCCAAUGUUCCAGCACAGAUCUAAUGUUCCGAUAUACUCCUUUUUGCAUAGCUUUGCUUUCAAAGCCUCAUUCUUGUUCUCUACUAUCUCAAGACCUUUGAUGCAAAGAUUACCAUGGACCUGGUCCAUAUUUUCCAGUUGACUAAUGCCAAAUUUAUCAUUAUUGCCAACCUCAAAGGUAUUGAUUUCUUGCAGGGAAGUCAACUUCCCAAUAUCAGCAAUUGUGCAUACUGCUUCCGGUUCAGUUUCCAGGAACUGCAGGCUGAUUAAUUGGUUGAAAUUCUCCGGUAUUGACAACUUGUUGCCACAGAACCUUGCGAUCAAUGUCUGCAGCUGAUAUAACUUGCAUAUAGAUUCUGGAAGAGACGCAUUUCCAUCAUUGUCCUCAACAUGGAUCUCAAGGUAACGGAGGUGCUUCAGUUCGGGAAGAUCUGCUAGGAGAGGUUCGGAGACCAUCAGCACGCGCAGGCACUUCAUCCUUGUAAGAAGUUUUUGAAGGGUCUUGGUCUGAAUCAAGUCCAACUUCUUUGAGCCAGAGGAUAUCUGACCGACUACCACAAGACUGCGCAGAUUAGUAAUUUGACGCAGUCUUCUAGAGGCCCUUGCCAGAUCAUUGAUAUCAAGGUAAACAUGGCCGGCCUCUCUGGGAUAUCUAUUGGUCCAUCAUCAAAUUCGCUUCUUUUUUCGAUCCGGAAGUACUCACCAGAAGAUAAGAAUUCAGCAAGUUCAUCCAAUGGUUCAGGUAUGAUGUAUGUUCCUGGUGCCUCAUUAUUUUCCUUGAAGAAGGAUCUCUUCAGCAACUGAGUAAAAAUACUUUUCCCUAUAUCUUUCAUUCUUUGCACUCCAGCUCCAGGGCCAUCAAGAUAUCCAAGAGCCAUCCAUACACGGAUAACUUCUUCUUUUUGAAAGGCAUACCCUUUUGGGAAGAGAGAACAAGAAACAAAACAUUCCUUGAGGUCUCUUGGCAGCUGUUCAUGACUUAAUCUCAGUGUGGCCAUGAUGCCACACUUCUCUGCUCCCAUUUGACACAUUUUCCUUUUUGAAAUACCCCUCCAGUGGGUCUCCUUGAAGUCUGACCGUAACGCCUGACAAAAUGUCUCCGCUGCCUGUGGCAAGCCAUUUAGCCUUUUGGCUAUGUUUUUGCCUAUGGAUAAGAGUUCUGGAUAAUCUUCCGGGUCUUUGUUAUGAAAUGCAAGUUCUUUGAACAGUGGCCAAUAAUGUUUGAACUCUAAGUCGUGAACAUGAAUUAGCCCUUCUGUACUCAUUCCUUCUCCUAUGCUCGGGUCUCGAGUAGUGACUAUGACUUUGCUUCCUUCACGUGCUUGGCUAAAUGGCAUAUUGAACGCAUCCAGUAUGUUUCUUGACAAAUCCCAAUCCCAUAUGUCAUCCAGGACUAUGAGAAAUCUCUUAUCUUUCAAAACAUCUGCCAGCAUACUCUUGAUAGUGCCCUUGUCGGGCGCAGGAUGGCGAUAAAGCAGUAAUUUUUUAGAAGCAGCAUUGGUUGCAUCAAUCAACACCCUUGUGAUGCUGGCUCUAUGUGAUACACAGAUCCAGGCCUUCACCCCAAAGCAGUCUGUUCUGUUAUCAUUGUAAGCUUCCCGGACGAGAGCUGUCUUCCCAACACCACCCAUUCCGACAACAGAAAUAUGUGAGAUUUUCUCCUUACAUUGUUCAAGCUCAAGUAAUAAGGUCAUGAGAUCAUUUGCUUCUUUCUGCCGACCAACCAGCUUUGGUUGUGUGUCGGAUGCAGUGGUCUCCCGCCAGUCAGGAGCUUGAUCAGGCACCAAUCCUUGUGUAGCAUCUUGCCCACGCAAGAACCACAAGCUUCUCAUCUCCGCAGAAACGUUGUCAAGCUUUUUAAUGACUUUCGUCAAAUUAUCAGCGUCAUUUUUGUCUUGGGAAAUGGAAUCAGAAGCAUCUUUUCUAGGAGAAAAUAUAUGCUUGUGUUCAGUCGUUACCUGGUGCUUCAACAUUGCAUACUUGAUGGAAUCAAGAACAUCUUCUGCUGUGAAAACCGCAUCUCUGAGUCUCUGGAUCCACGAUUGCAAUUUGGAAUCAUCAACUUCCCUUUCCCUGGCCCGGCUGAUUGCUUCUGAAAUCUGCUCAAGGCGCCACUUGAGCUUUUCGGUGUUGGUCACGAAAUUCUUCUGGUCCUUGUACCGGUCCUUUGCAUACUGUAUCACAGGGUCGGCGAGCUUGGAAAGGCAGACAGACACGAACCAUCCAGCCACAGCGAGCUCGACCAUCACCAUGGCAGAUCAAAAUUUCUGGAUCUCAGGGGGUCCAGGAAGAGGAUGAUUAAACCUUCCAGGACUCCACAGCUCAGUUGGCAGCUUAUGUUGAUUGAUCAAUGGUGUAUGCUUAACUGGCUAUGUGUUUAUCUCAAUUCUUUAAUGCGGCUCGAUGCCUCGACUGUCUGUUCCUAUUCUAUUAUCAUUAUACUUUGAACAUAAGAUCUGAUCCAGGGCCGGUGGGUCUGAGCUGAUGAUCAGCUGGUCAAUCAAGUUAGUUAGGAGGGCAAAAGAAUAACACAGGAAUUCAGUGCCAUCUUAUCUGAACCUUCUUCCCCCAUGUGUAGAAGAUACAAUGUCCGACGGACUCACAUGCAUCUGUGCUGCCGUUCAUAUUGGGUUAACCAUGAUCCUUGAUGUGCCUGCUGCAGUGUGCUGGUAGUCAACUGGGUGGUUCAGAUAUCCUAAACUAUAGGAUACAUUAAUAAGCAGUGAGCCUUUCACAUGCUGUUGGUUUGGCUUGAGUUUGAGGAUGAACUGGUAUUUCAUAUAUGUAUAUAUAGAUCUUUUCUUUUUUUGAGAAUCUUCAUAUAUAGAUCUGGUGAAGUCAGUUGCUUGUAGCUGUCCUAUGUGGGCUGAAAGGUUAAUGGCCCUUCCAGUUAGUUCAACAGUCUCUGUUCAGAAGCAGCAACUAUUGUCAUGAGAAAUUAAGCGAAGGAUCAGCGCUUGUUUUGUGUCAUCACAAAAUCAAUGUGGUUUGGUGGCGCAUGAGGCAUAUAUUUUUGUUGGGGACAAGUACAGAUUAUCGGUUCAUGGAGCAUUUUACACCGUUCUGAAUGACGAUGAGGUUGUUAGAGCGGCGACUUUAGAGUUCAGAUCAUCUUACCUCUAGUAUUUUAUUUUACAAAAUUAAUGUAUGCUAUGUUAGUGGCAGACUGAGUCUGAAUCAUUGGCUUGUACUAACAGUUACUCCCUCCGUCUCACAAUAUAACAAUAUAAGGUCGUUUUUCAAGCUAUUUGAUAGCUUGAAAAAUGAUCUUAUAUUGUGGGACGGAGGGAGAAAUAGAUUUGUGACAGACAAUUAUGCCAAAGAACAUGGUGACAAGGCGCCAUGCUGGAUUAUUAUGUGAUCUUUUUUAGGGGAAGAAAGGAUUAUUAUGUGAUUUUUUUUAGGGGAAGAAAGGAUUAUUAUGUGAUGAUGUGGCAGCACCUUGGUUUUUCUUUUUCUUUCUUUUGAGCAAAAUGUGACGGCACCUUGGUGUCUGACGCGACGGUACUUUUGGGCCAGGAAUAUUUAUUUACGGUAUAGUUAUGCAACCCAUUAGAGGCCCAUCCUUAAUAAAAUGGGCCACGCCAUUUAGGUCCCAAGUCGCCGGUUUCCUUCUUCUCAAAAAUAGACUCCACCACCCAAAUCAGUACCUGACCCUCCUCACCGAUACUGCAGAUUAAUCUGGGUUUGCCGCCGGGCGCCACAACUUUGUGUUGGCGCUCCAAAUUGGUUCCUUGGACUGAAACGAGAUCGAGCCCCGCCGCACCUGCACCUGCACCGUCUACCACAUUGACUGCGGCGUCGCCGAUCGAGACGCGGCUGUUCGUCCUUGUCGUUCCAGACAGCACAGCGAGGAGUUGGUCGUCUCUAUAGGCCGGCUCUGGAGUUAGUUAAGCAGACUCUCGACGCCACAAUUUCUACAACUUAACAAAUUUUGAUGGAAAAGGAAAUCCUGGAUCCAAGUUUUCAUACAGUCCAAACAUUCAUGUAUGGUCAUGCCGAGGUCCGGGAUAUCCCCUCGGAAUAUCGUUGGCAAGAAGACAAGGAGGAGAUGAAGGCGGAUGAAUACCAUGGAUUAAGUUACAAUAGAGUGUUGGCCAAAUUCUUAUCAGCCAAGGAACAAAAUUACAUGGCAUCUACUUCGGCUACGAUUGUUGGGGAGACAAUGGAUUUGGUGAAGCCACUGUGCACCAAGGAUGAUGUUUUUCGCGUUCGUUUGGAGAUGCACCGUGCAAAGGAGUCUUACACUAAAGAAGAGACCCUCUUCAAGAGCGAGGCCAGGCAGGACGAGCUUCUUAAUGACCCCAAUCUCACCAAAUCAUACUGCUACAAUGCCAUGAGCAAUGAUGGCCUCUCUGCGACUUCCUAUGCACACUUCUUCCACAAGGAUCCCUCUCCACGCAUCGACUACUUUAAACCUACCACCUUAGAAGGUGAUAUUGAGUACAUAAUUUUUUUGGACAAACUGGUGGAGUUAACAAGAUAUAGAGAAACCAGAGAUAUGGUGUUCGCUAGGGCUAUUGCCCUUGCAAGGAGUGGUUUCAGAAAAAUGCUCCUUUUCCAAAUUAAGAUAGCCGUCGAUCAGUGUUUAGAACUGAUGCUCCGUGGAGAGAAGAUGUGGCAGAGAAAACAGCUGUAUUAUCACAUAGUGCAGGAAACUGUUUUGAAAAACAAGAAGCGUGAAGAUGUUAUCCAGGAGGGACAAGUUCAGCUUUUCUAUGAUCUUAUCGAGUUCGCCCGCCUAGAUGUGGAUGACUAUAAAGAUAUGGUAGAAGAAACGCUUGACCAUCUCGUUGAGGUAUCUCAUGACAAGUUGCCUUCGAAGGAAAGCGUUAAGAAUGGUGCUUACAAAAAGAUGAUCUGUGAGGAGCUCAAUAAGCUGUUCCCAAGACGUACUCGGCUUUAUAUGCAUUUUCUCAAGAUGAAGAUAGAGGCCGCCUUGUAUCUGGCUCGGACGACGUCCCUUGAGUGCUAGUCCGGUGUGUGUGGUCUUCGCCGGUUUCCCUUAAUUAACCGAUGCAUGUAUGGUUUUUGGGUCCAGUUUCCCUUAUUAACCGGACCAACUCUCUUCUUCUAUAUGCAAAUGCGGGAGCUCCCCGCCCUCUGAUGAGGUUUCGUCAAAAAAGAUAGAGGCCGCCGAAAAACAAGGCGUGAUAA